AUGGCUGCUACGGAGGGGCUUGGUGUAGAUGUUGUCUUGAAUCUGCUCCCUGGCCCCAUGCUGCACGAUACCUGGCGAACUUGUGCCUCCUUUGGCCGUUUUAUCGAACUCGGGAACCGGGAUCUGAUGGCGGUUGAGAAGCUCGACAUGGACGUUUUCAAACGCAACGUGACCUUUUCAGCAGUGAAUCUGAUUGACGUUUUCCAUGACUCUCGCCCUCAGAGUCGGGCAACGUGGUCCACGGAAGUAAUGGACCUAUAUUGGGAAGGCACAAUCUAUCCCCAUGACCAAGUCAGCACAUAUAAUAUUUCCGAGGUAGCGAAAGCUUUACAGGCGUCAUCGUCCGACAACUCUGGCUAUGUAGCUGUAUCACUGCAGGAUCCUGACUCAAUUGUUAACGAAGCUCUGUUCUCCCAAAUGUCCGCAGAGUCGUGGCACUCUGGCAUUGAUGCCAAAGUGCGCGGCUGCUGGAAUCUUCACCACGCUCUGCUGGAAAAGGAGGACGAAGGCUUGGAUUUCUUUUUGCUUGUCAGCUCGAUCUCCGGAAGCGUAGGAGCGAUUGCCCAGAGUAAUUACUGUGCCGCAAACCAUUUUCUCGACAUCUUCGCUCGCUAUCGGCGGUCCCUCGGGCUCCCUGCCGUCUCGGUCGGACUGGGGAUGAUAACCGAUGUCGGGUAUCUGAGCGAGAACCCGGACGUGGAAGCAAAGCUGGCCCGGAGCGGAAUCUCGUCUCUGGACGAGAAGGAGAUGCUUCUGGUCAUCGAUGAAGCUCUCACUUCGGCCAGAAGCGACUCAGACCAGUUCGACACCUUCUCAUCCGCACAUCUUUUAACGGGACUUGAGCACGCUGGCAAUCCAACUUUUAAGGCCAGUGGAUACGAGGGCUCAUCACCCUUCGCACGAGACCCACGGGCCCGUAUCCUCACUGCCCACUCAUCUGCGGCCGAGACCACGUCCGCUCAUGGGAAAGAUGAGGCACUGUCGUCUGACAUUGCCAAGGCCGUGAGAUCUGGUUCGUCCCUGGACGCAGCAGUAACCUCGCGCGUCAAGCGUGAGCUCGCCCAGAUUCUUGCCAUGGACACGGAUAGGGUCGAGAUUGCAAAAUCACUCCCUGAAUAUGGAAUUGACAGCAUGAUCGCGACCGAGAUUCGCACGUGGUUGUUCAGGUCGUUCCAGUUGGAUGUGUCUCUCUUCCAGAUCCUUUCGAAGACGACCACGAUUGAGAUGCUGAUAUCGAUGAUUGUUACUGAGAUUGGCAAGCGAUUGAAUUAG